CGCUCUAAACAAUAAUAAGCGCUAAAUAAGUGCCCCACUUUCUCAGGCUUGUAUCAUCACAAAGUCAUGCAUACUUGUUCUGGGGACUAAAACAAAAUUAAAAUGUUUAUUUUUAUGUAAGGUGGAAGAGUCUGCUUAAUUAGAACCGCUCUGGGAUUAGCUGUGCCAAAAACGCGUCACCUCAUUCAUGCAAAAGGCGGUGCCUUUUAUAAGACACCGCGUUACAGCUGGUCUGGAUUCAGUUAUACCGGCGUUUUCUGGCUGCGUCGCUAAUCAGUCUGUGCUACGUAGCCGCGCGCCAUGGCUGUUCUGAGAUCAGCUGUACCGCUAUCUAAGAUCCUCGUGCUUCGCUCACCGUGUUUAUGAAACUCUCAGUCUGAGAAGAAGGGGUCACGUCGGUGGAGCUUCGUGGAAAACAUCUGUGAAGAAGCAGACGACAGGCUGACUACUGAGCAGACAUCAAUGCAAUGCUGCUUCUCAGGCACUGCCAGAGCCUGACUCGACUUGGCGCUGUCGGCACUCAAAGGUAUCAGGCGGCUCCUUGUUUUGUAUCUCGUGCAGUUCGUCUCUGUAGCAGCAGCAGGGAGGAUCAGAGAUCAUACCAGCGUGCCAACUGGAAACGUAUUGUUGCUGGGGUGCUGACUGGUACCGGGGCUGUACUGACCUAUGGUCUACUCCACCAAGAGGUUGAGCAAGCAGACGCUGGCUUGCCCGCCACAGAGAAUCGCUCCUCUCUUCCUGUCUUCAGCCACGAGGAAGUCUCCAAGCACCGCUCUCUGGAUGACGGCGUGUGGGUCACGUACAAGGGAGGCGUCUAUGACAUCACCGAGUUUGUGCCGAUACACCCUGGUGGGAAUAAAAUCUUGCUAGCAGCAGGUGGUGCACUUGAACCUUUCUGGGCCCUGUAUGCUGUUCAUGACCAGGAAUACGUGUUGGAGAUCCUCUCACAAUAUAAGGUUGGUGAGCUGAGUGUAGACGACCUGAAGAAGCAGGACGAUACCAAAGCGUCGGACCCUUACUCUUCGGACCCCGAGCGCCACCCGGUGCUCCAGGUCAACAGCAAGAAGCCGUUCAAUGCCGAGCCUCCUCCUGAGAUCCUGACGGAGAACUACAUCACUCCCCAUGUGUUGUUCUUCAAGCGGAACCACCUGCCUGUUCCUCAGGUGGACCCGGCUUCAUAUAACCUCCAGGUGGAGGGCCUGCCCAAAGGAGCGCUGACUCUGUCGUUGAAGGAUUUGAAGACCCGGUUCCCCAAACACACCGUCACGGCUACGCUGCAGUGCGCCGGGAACCGCCGCAGUGACAUGAACAAGGUAAAGCAGGUGAAAGGACUGAACUGGGGCAUUUCUGCUAUCGGGAAUGCCAAAUGGAGCGGAGCGCGGCUCAGAGACGUUCUGCUGGCUGCUGGGUUUGGCCCAGAUGUGGCCAAAUGGGCCCGCCAUGUUCACUUUGAAGGACUGGAUAAAGAUGUGACGGGGUCAGCAUACGGAACCUCCAUCCCCAUCAACAAGGCGAUUAAUGAGGACGGCGACGUGCUGCUGGCGUAUGAAAUGAACGGCGAGGAUAUCCCCCCUGAUCACGGCUUCCCGGUUCGGGUCGUGGUUCCGGGCGUGGUGGGAGCGCGCAACGUGAAGUGGCUGGGGCGGAUCGUGGUCAGCGCAGAGGAGAGCAGCAGCCACUGGCAGCAGCUCGACUACAAAGGCUUCUCCCCGGGGACGGACUGGAGCAAGGUCGACUACGCGUCCUCUCCGGCCAUCCAGGAGCUGCCCGUUCAGUCCGCCAUCACCGUCCCGGCAGACGGAGCCGAGAUCGACCGCAGCGACGAAACGCUGACCGUCAAGGGCUACGCAUGGAGCGGCGGCGGCAGAGAGGUGGUGCGGGUCGACGUCUCCCUGGAUGGAGGGAAGACAUGGCAGGUGGCUCAGCUGAGGAGCGGGGACAAAGGUCAACCGGAUGAGCCUUCGCCUCCUCCGGGUCGAGCCUGGGCCUGGAAGCUGUGGGAGCUGACUGCUCCUCUUCCUCCUGGCGCCGACGAGCUGGAGAUUAUCUGCAAGGCGGUGGACAACAGCUACAACGUGCAGCCGGACACAAUCCCACCCAUCUGGAACCUGAGAGGCCUGCUGAGCAACGCCUGGCACAGAGUGAAGGUCAAGGUGACCGAGGAUUAGAGGGAGGCCCAAAACUCAUCAAGGAGGGAGCUUUGUUUGUGUCGGACUGCGCGGUUAACAGAAUCUGUCUAAAGUUUACAAAUUAUUUAUGUGAUCUGAUCUUGUUGCUUGGGAGAUUUGAAAAAUGAAAGUUUUAUAUGACAAAAGUCAAACAUCUCAACGGUUUCUGCUGUGCCACACAGGAAGUUCAGGUGAUGUAGAGAUUAGAGACGCACCGAUCAGGCUUUUCCUGAUCAACACUGAAAUCUGGGUCUCUGACAUCUAACCUGCAGACUUAGACUUUCUUUUUUUUAAAGAAUGUAACCAAGAAAAUAAAAUAUUUCUGUAGGUUGUUUGAUAGCAGUAGUUAGGCUCUUUAUAAAUAUAGAUUUUUAAAAAAGAUGUCAUAUGAAAAUACAUGCCGUUUGUCGACGAGGGUAAAUCGGAGACUACUGAGUCUUUAUUUUUAUCAAGUGACGGUACUGAUUGUAUUAUGAUCAACUUUAGCAACAAGUGGGAGAAAAAUUGCAAAUAAAAAAAUUAAAAUACGGCACAUAAUUUACAACAUCACAGCAUAAAAUAACUGAGCAAGAAAAAAAACACUUGUGCAUAAAUUUGUUUGGGAUUUUCUCUGCUAAUUUCUUAAUACUUAGUGUUACUGUCCCCAUUACAGUUUAUGUGAAGGUACAAAUUUAGUGGAAUUGUUACUUUAAUUGCUACAAAAGUAGCGAUGGCAAAGUCUCCAGCUUAAAUUUCUGUUCACUGACUUUCUAUAUAGGUUUAGAUGUUUUUGAUGUGUCCAUUGAAGAGUAGAAAGUCAGGUGAAAGAGUGACUUGGAGACCCAACAAACCGACACCCUAGGCAAGGUUGUAAAAGCUCUUUGCCACGGAUGUGGUCUCCCUGUAAUUCACCGCAGUGGACGGGGCAGACGACUGCUUGUGCCUCAACUGAUGCAGUUUUCAGGUUGGUGUUGUAAUCCAGUAUCGUUACUUUGACCACUUGCAUUCAUCAGCAUUCCUCUCUCAGUAACUGUCAUCAGACAAUGCACACUUUGUUAGCCAUGCAGUGGUUGUGCAAGUCUCACUUUUUUCCACAUAAUCAGCCUGUUUUCAGUGUGUUUGAAGGUUUAGUUGCACUAAAGGUUUCAUAGGCCUGGCUA